AUGGUUAUACAAGAGUGGACAGUGAAGGAGGCAUACUAUCCUUCCAAAUGUAGCUUGGGCGAAGGGCCGUAUUAUACUAAGGAGCGACAUGAGCUCCGGUAUAUGGACAUCAACAAUAAAAAGCUUUUCAUCCUCGAUCUUGCAAAGGGGCCCGACUCGGUCAAGAUCAUCGAUACCACGCAGCCGAUUGGGGUGACGGCAAACAUCGAAGGCGUUGAUCCCUCAGAGGUCAUCCUGGCCGGCGCAAAGGACGGCAUUACGAAGUUCCACCUGAAGACUGGAGAGCAUGAAUAUGUCGCCAAAUAUUGGAAGGGACCAGAUGCUGAGGACAAGACCAGAAGGAUGCGCUCGAACGAUGGCGCAGUCGACACCCAAGGCCGUUUCUGGGUCGAAGCAUUCGUUGAUCCCACGGUAGCCGAACUCACUGAGGAGGGCUGCUUGUUCCGCCUCGACCAUGACGGAACGCUGCACACGAUGCACGAGAAGAUGACCAUCCCGAACGGGAUCACCUGGAAUGCAAACGACAACACCAUGUUCCUCACCGACUCCCCCCCUCAGAACGUAUAUGCCUUUGACUACGAUGCAAAAACGGGAGACAUUUCUAGCAAGAGGAUCUUCUUCCACCUGGAAGAGGAGGGCGUACACCCAGACGGCCAUGCCAUGGACGUUGAGGGGAACAUCUGGCACGCCUGCUACGGGGGCUCCAAGGUCAUACGAAUAUCGCCGCAAGGCGCCAUCACCGGAGUCAUCCACCUCCCGACACGCAACAUCACCUGCCCUACCUUUGCAGGUACCGAAUUGUUCAUCACUAGUGCUGCGGAACCUCAGCCUGACAAAUACCCGGAUUCGGCCAAAUUUGCUGGAAAUUUGUUCAGGGUUGACGUCGGAAUCGAGGGCAUGCCCAAGUACAGGGCUCGCCUGAACUAG